GGAAGUGAGGCCUGGGGUGGAGAUGGGCUGAGGAGAGAGUCAAGGCAGGCCCCAUCUGGGCCCCAUGCUGGGAAGGCAGAUCUCUUCUGUCCACUGGGUUCUGAAAGGAACCUGUCCCUGCUGCUAAACUGGCUCACUUGUCCCAACUUGUCCCACCCCACCUCCACCCCCACCCCCAGGUCUUCACCUGGUCCCAGCCCCUUCCCACAACGGAUGCAAAGAGGAGAAGAUGGGGCUUGGUAGUCUGGGAGGGGCCGGUGGGAGAUGGUGGGGCAGGACCAGGCAGCAUCUCAGCUGGUCACAGGGCUCCUCGGGCCAAGACUAGGGGUAUCAGAGGACAAGUUUCAGGCUGCCGAACUCUCCACCAUUGCUCCUGCUUUCCCAGGAGGCCCAAGGGGUACCGCAGCCCAGGCCCUUGUCAUGGAGUCCAUGUUUGAGGAUGACAUCAGCAUCCUGACCCAGGAAGCCCUGGGCCCCAGUGAAGUGUGGCUGGAUGCUCCUGGAGACCCCUCGCUGGGGGGAGACAUGUGCUCUGCCUCUCACUUUGCCCUCAUCACAGCCUAUGGAGACAUCAAGGAGCGUCUGGGGGGCCUGGAGAGGGAGAAUGCCACCCUCCGUCGCCGCCUCAAAGUCUAUGAGAUCAAGUACCCGCUGAUCAAUGACUUUGGAGAGGAGCACAGCUUCUCUCUGUAUGAAAUCAAGGAUGGCUCUCUGUUGGAGGUGGAGAAGGUCAGCCUACAGCAACGGCUCAACCAGUUCCAGCAUGAGCUGCAGAAGAAUAAGGAGCAGGAAGAACAGCUCGGGGAGAUGAUCCAGGCUUACGAGAAACUGUGUGUGGAGAAGAGUGACCUGGAGACGGAGCUUGGGGAGAUGCGGGCCCUGGUGGAGACCCACCUGCGACAGAUCUGUGGUUUGGAGCAGCAGCUGCAGCAGCAACAAGGCCUCCGGGACACAGCCUUCUCAAGCCUGAGCCCUCCACCUGCCCCUGCCCCGCCCUGUGCUGAUCUGGACCUGCACUACUUGGCUCUGAGAGGGGGAUCUGGCUUGAGUCACGGCUGGCCGGGCCCCACACCCAGUGUGAGUGAGCUGGAGCGGAGGCGCCUGGAAGAGGCUCUGGAGGCUGCCCAAGGAGAAGCCCGGGGGGCUCAGCUUCGGGAGGAGCAGCUUCAGGCCGAGUGCGAGCGGCUACAGGGGGAACUGAAGCAGCUGCAGGAGACCCGGGCCCAGGAUCUGGCCUCCAACCAGUCGGAGCGGGAGAUGGCAUGGGUGAAAAGAGUUGGGGAUGACCAGGUGAAUUUGGCGCUGGCUUACACGGAGCUGACAGAGGAACUGGGCCGGCUCCGGGAGCUGAGUUCUCUGCAGGGGAGGAUCUUGAGGACCCUGCUGCAGGAGCAGGCCAGGAGUGGCGGCCAGAGGCACUCGCCUCUGUCGCAGCGUCACUCCCCGGCCCCCCAGUGCCCCUCACCAUCCCCGCCUUCCCGAGCGGCGCCCCCUCCUCCAUGCCCUGGGUCCCAGGGAAAGUGCAGGCUGGAAUACGGGGACCAUGUGGGAGGGUUGGGGGCUGUAAAUGACGUCCCUUUCUCCCCACAGCUGCUGAUGGAGACAGUGGGCUCUGACAUCCGCAGCUGCCCCCUCUGCCAUCGGGGUUUCCCUGUCGGGUAUCCAGAUGACGCCCUCAUCAAACACAUUGACUCUCACCUGGAGAACAGCAAGAUCUAG